AAAGCUUUUAAAACUUAUUCAAUUUAGUUUUUAAUAUUUAUAUGUUAUAUAGUAAAUGAUACGCAGUUAAUUGAACAUUGUGUUGCUAUCUCUCCGUACAUGUUUAUCCAUAUAAUUAUUUUUGCCUGUUUCUUUCUUAUAAAGAGAUUUGCAUCACAAAAACUUAUUAAAUUCUCUAAAACUUCUUCUGCGAAUCCCCACUAGUUUUUUUUUGCCAUGUCUCUACCAAAAGAUACAGAUACAAAGAUAUAUGUGGCAGGUUUGCCUUGGAUCACAAAAACUGAAGGCCUUCGAAAUUACUUUGAACAAUUUGGAGAAAUUGUCUAUGCUAAUGUUGUUUGUGAUAGAGCAACUAAACGAUCAAAGGGCUUCGGGUUUGUCACGUUUAAAGAAGCUGAAUCUGCAAAGAGUGCUUACGAGGAUCCAAAUCCGACUAUAGACGGACGAAAGACCAGUUGCAAACUUGCUUUUCUUGGUGCUAGGGUUCAUAAUAACUUACCAAACCAAAACGGUCUAGCUAUUUAUGUAGAUCCCUACUGGAACCAGUAUUAUUGGCCGUAUUAUCAGCUAUACUAUCAGCAUUGCCCUUGGUUUAGCACCUAUCCGUAUUAAACGCAAUCUCAAUCUAAGACAGAGAGCUUCUUGUUCUGUUACAUUCUCAGAGUCAAUUCGGUUUAGUUUGUCUGACUUUAUAUUGGUAAUAUUUAUCAUGCAUCUGUAGAAUUGAUUCUCCUAUAUUUCAGCUGAAACAUUAUAAUUUAUGCCCUGCUUUUUAUAUAAAUGUUCC